UGCCGACUGUCGUUGAGAAUGAAAAUUAGCCGAGAGAACACAAUGGAAAUUUCAUCUGAUUCCAGUAGAAUAGACGAAGAGUAUCGGUCGCUUCCUCCUCUCUAUUUCAUUUUGACAUUAAUUUGGUUCUUCUCCGUCUGUUUAUGGACUUUCAACAUUUGCAAAAACCGCCAUUUUCAGAACAGACGAACAGAUUGCAAUGGACGCUGACUACUGUUCCACUGAUCAAAACUCUGCAACUUACCCUAUCUUUCCUCUUUUGGUAUUCAUGCUUUUAUCAUCAUAUAUGCUCUCUGUGGAUAUCAUUUGGUGUCUACGUUACCGGAAUUCUGUUCCAAACAGUAACUUUUGUUUCAUUCUUACUCAUUUCUAAUGGAUACUGCAUCACGUGUGAGCGUCUUUCAAUACAAGAGCGCCGCAUCACAGCUGCUCUUGGAUGUAUUUCCUACUUGACUCAUGUCGGCUACAGAGCUUCUGUGCCUUAUUUCUCUGUACUCCUCACAGUUGGCUAUUUCAUUUCAUUUUAUGUAAUAUUCAAGCACAUAUCGCAGAACUUGAUAGUUCUGCAAGAACAGUUGACCUUUAUAGAGGAUGAGGAAAUCCCUGCAAUGCAUGAAGCAAUCUACACAAAGUAUACAAUGCUCAAAAAAUUUCAAAAUGCAAUGCAUAUGAUGGCUGUGGCAGAACUGGCGAUUCUCAUAAACGUCGACAAUUCAAUAGGUAACUACUGGCUUCGAUUGUUGGUUCGAGAAUGGGCACAGUUUUGUAUAUUCUCUUACAUUGGGUGGAUCUUCAGGUCAAAAGACUUAGCACCCCGCUUCUCUGUUAUGCCUGUAAUAAAGUCUAUCGAGGAGAGAAUGAUACCUCCUAUUUAUAGCAUUGAAAUGGAUGCAGCUACUUUUAAAGACUUCAGUAGUCAUGGAUGGCAUAUAGGGGUGCCAACUUCACCCAAGAAAGGAAGCUUAAAGAAUUCAGUUUUAGUGGUAGUUCAACACCCACAUGUGUGUAGAUUGACACCACCUGGUACUCAUUCUCAGACUGUAGCUUAGCUACUUAUGCUGCAGAUGUAAAUUAUUCAUUUGUUGCCAAUCGCAACAGAAGCCAGUUUCAGGACAUACCGCAGAUCAACAUCCAUCUACUUAUAGGGAAGGAGGAUUAUAAUCAGCAUUUUCUGUAAAUCUUUGUACACAUUUCUUCUGAGGAAACCUCAGAGGUUUUCCGCUGUAAACUGUACAUUGUUCCCUGGAUAUUGUCUGCUUCAGGUGUCCAUAUUUCGGUGGUACAAUGCUUUCGCUUUGCUGCAAAUACACCGUCUCGGUGUUCCUCUUUGUUUGCAGCUUAA